UGAAAGAGGCGUUACUCACAUGACAGCGUUGAAAUAAAUGUUCAAGAUCAGAAUGAUAGCUAGACAUACUACAGAGCGUGGGACUUCAGCAGCUCCAGCCAAAAAUAUAUGUUAAGGAGGAAUUGCCCAAGAGCCCUUCGACAAGCCAGCAUGUCUGAUGCCAUUAAAAAUGUGGCAAUAUUCGGCUGCACGGGGAUGACGGGGUCAGCGACCUUACCUAUUGCAGUGGCCGCAGGUUACAGUACGACUGUGCUGGUGAGAGACCCUGCAAAGCUUCCUCCAGACCACAAAGCCUCCAGAGUCGUGGUGGGAGAUGUUCUGAACAAAGAUGAUGUUAAGAAGACCCUGGAGGGUCAGGAUGCAGUCAUCAUUAUUUUGGGGACAAGGAAUGAUCUUGGUCCCACAACGAUGAUGUCUGAGGGAACACGGAACAUUCUGGAGGUCAUGAAAGCCCGUGGAAUCCGUAAAGUUGUUGCUUGCAUGUCAGCGUUCCUGCUGUGGGAUCGUGCCAAAGUUCCUCCUCGCCUCGUGCCGGUCACGGAAGAUCAUGACAGAAUGUACAAUGUCCUGAAGGAAUCAGGACUGGACUAUAUAGCUGUAAUGCCUCCACACAUUGCUGGUGACAAGCCUCUGACAGAAAAAUAUAUUGCGACUGAGAACAUGUUAAAAGGAAGAGUUAUCUCCAAAUUUGACCUGGGCUAUUUUUUUGUCAAGUGCCUCUCCACUUCUGAAUGGGAUGGAAAGACAGUUGGAGUUUGUGGAGAAUAUAGCUAAUCUACCAAAGCCUUAGUUUAUUUUUGUAUUUUUAUUUUUUUACAUAUACCCAUAUGCUGACCUAUACUGAUUAACUAUAAACGUACCUAUAGUUAAUCAUAGUUAUUAUUUUUUCAAAAAUCUGGUCUUUUACAUAGGCACAUAAUUUGUAUUUGUUCAAUCAAAAUAACCAUAGCAGUUACAGAAUUUUCUUUAAAAGAGCAGAAGAUAACUGCUAGCUUUUUUUUUUUGUUUUGCCUUAAGAAACAUUGAAUGUAAAUCUUUGUUAUUGGCCAAGGAAUUUUAAUGUAAUAUGUUUUAUGAGUUUAAAUAAAAGCAUUAU